CAAGUUCCUUUCAUUAAAAUUGUUCUUGAUGAUUAUUUAUAUUAGUACAAGUAAAAGUUAUACUUUUUCAUGAAUCCAAAUUAGUCUUAAUUUCGUCAAUUUCUUCGUGUUAAUUACCUAGAAGCGACUCUCGUGAAUGAAGUUUUCAGCUCAUUUCAAUUUCUUCCUCUAUGGGUGAUGUUUAUCCCUUCACUUUAAAAGCUUAUUUCAUGUAAUCAAAUUUUCUCACCAUUAACCAUGAUGAACAAUAAAUAUCCACAAUCAGAGAAACUCAAUCACAUCAAUGAACUCCAAUUGAAAUAUCGAAAAUUACUCAACGAAACUGUUUAUUUACCUCCAGUCCUUGACACCUUUGACCCAACGAAACCACCGAGAUGGUACAACAAGGAUAAAUUGGCUCAAUCUCAACGAGUUUGUAUGAAAUAUUUUUACAGUUUAUUCAAAUCAAUAUUGAUCGGUAGUUUUUUGGCUCUUCAAACACCCACAUUUGUUAAUCCAGUUGUAACUACAGGUAAUCACAAGAAUAUCAGCAAAAUUUACCGUCGCUAUUUGGCCACAGCGAUUCAUAUGUUAACAUGGUUCCUCGAAGAUCCUUUCGACCCGGAAAGUUCAGCUUACCGAUCAUUCAAUCAGGUUCGUUCCAUGCACAUGAAACUGUUUCUCUCAAUGAAUACUCAUAACAAGAAUCAUGGUGUUGAUAAACUUGAUUCAUCUCUUCAUGAUAUGAUCAUGGCGAUGUUCCCGUUCAUCGGGCUUCUCAUUAACUAUCCAAUCGCUUGUGGGGCUCAUGGAAUCACCCAACAUGAAAAGGAUCAAAUCAUUUACACAUGGAGAGUUAUCGGUCAUGCAAUGGGAAUCGAUGAUCAAUACAAUAUUUGCAAUGGAUCAGCUGAUGAUUUCUCACAAUUAUAUAAACAAUUUGAGAGAGAUUUCUUUAUCCCUUUAUUGUCAAAAGUUCCCAAUGAAACACCAUUGGGUUGGCGAUUAUCACAAGGAUAUAUAAUUGCUCUUAAUCGGUUAGAUUUUACACUUAACUUUAAUUGUAUCCUUUACUAUUGGUUUAAUAUCAUUGGUGUUCCAGUUACAAUCAAAUUAAACCUCUACGAAUGGACAAUCAUGAUGGUCAAUCAUUUCAUCAGCAACUUUUUACUACGAUUCAGAUUCUUUUACAAUCUAAUCAACAAUCAUGUUCGUAGUAAAAUUGAUCAACAUAAACAGAUUCGAGAUUCAGUUUCAAAUGAUCUUAAUCAACUUUAUUCACACAUUAAUUACGUCCCAUCAUGUCCAGUUAAUCAAGAUCCUGAUUACAGAGAUGAUUUCAUUGAUUAACAAUCGUAACUAUUAUCAUCAUGUAUUUAUUAUUAUAAAAUCGAGUCAAUUGUAAGUUGAUUAUUUAAAUUGUUGAAAUAAAAAACGAAUCUAUUUUAAUAA